GAUGAAUUUUUGUUUCAUACCAUCUCUAUAAAUCUCUUCAGUCGUCUUCCUCAAAGUUGAAUGCCGGACUCUGCAAAUUGGGGAUCUUUCAGAGAAACAUGAGCGGCCACGACUCCAAGUAUUUCUCUACCACCAAAAAGGGUGAAAUUCCCGAGCUCAAAGAGGAGCUUAAUUCCCAGUACAAGGAUAAGAGAAAAGAUGCUGUUAAAAAGGUCAUUGCCGCAAUGACCGUUGGGAAGGAUGUAUCAUCACUGUUCACAGAUGUGGUGAAUUGUAUGCAGACCGAAAAUUUGGAACUGAAAAAGCUUGUUUAUUUGUAUCUAAUUAAUUAUGCCAAAAGCCAGCCUGAUCUAGCAAUUCUUGCUGUGAACACAUUUGUGAAAGAUUCACAAGAUCCAAAUCCUUUAAUCCGUGCUUUGGCUGUAAGGACAAUGGGAUGCAUUCGUGUGGAUAAAAUUACAGAGUAUUUGUGUGAUCCUCUUCAGAGGUGCCUCAAGGACGAUGACCCUUAUGUCCGCAAGACAGCUGCCAUAUGUGUUGCCAAACUUUUUGAUAUAAAUGCUGAGUUAGUUGAGGACAGAGGUUUUUUGGAUUCUCUCAAAGAUUUAAUAUCAGAUAAUAACCCAAUGGUUGUUGCAAAUGCUGUGGCAGCUCUUGCUGAAAUUCAGGAGAAUAGUUGUAGACCCAUCUUUGAGAUCACAAGUCACACACUGUCAAAGCUUCUUACGGCUUUAAAUGAAUGUACAGAAUGGGGACAAGUUUUUAUACUCGAUGCACUAUCUAGAUACAAAGCAGAGGAUGCUCGUGAAGCAGAAAAUAUAGUGGAGAGAGUUACUCCCCGGCUCCAGCAUGCUAAUUGUGCAGUUGUUUUAUCAGCUGUGAAGAUGAUUCUCCUACAAAUGGAACUUAUCACUAGCACUGAUAUAGUUCGAAACCUUUGCAAGAAGAUGGCUCCUCCUCUUGUUACGUUGCUCUCAUCAGAACCUGAGAUACAAUAUGUUGCACUGCGAAAUAUUAACCUUAUAGUACAGAAGCGACCUACAAUUCUCGCUCAUGAAAUUAAGGUUUUCUUCUGUAAGUACAAUGAUCCAAUCUAUGUUAAGAUGGAGAAGUUAGAAAUUAUGAUAAAGCUUGCAUCUGACCGAAACAUAGACCAGGUUCUGCUGGAAUUCAAAGAGUAUGCUACUGAAGUAGAUGUAGAUUUUGUUAGAAAGGCUGUUCGUGCCAUUGGUAGGUGUGCAAUCAAGCUAGAGAGAGCAGCUGAACGGUGCAUAAGUGUGUUGCUUGAGCUGAUCAAAAUUAAAGUGAACUACGUGGUCCAAGAGGCUAUUAUAGUCAUAAAGGAUAUUUUCAGAAGAUAUCCUAACACUUAUGAAUCCAUCAUUGCUACACUCUGUGAAAGUUUAGACACGUUGGAUGAGCCAGAAGCCAAGGCAUCAAUGAUCUGGAUUAUUGGAGAAUAUGCAGAGAGAAUUGACAAUGCAGAUGAACUUCUUGAAAGCUUCUUGGAGAGUUUCCCGGAGGAACCUGCACAAGUCCAAUUACAAUUGCUUACCGCAACUGUCAAACUUUUUCUUAAGAAGCCAACUGAGGGACCACAGCAGAUGAUUCAGGCUGUUUUAAACAAUGCUACUGUGGAGACGGACAAUCCUGAUUUGCGGGACCGUGCAUAUAUCUAUUGGCGUCUCCUAUCAACCGAUCCAGAGGCAGCGAAGGAUGUGGUUCUUGCUGAGAAACCUGUGAUCGGUGAUGAUUCAAAUUUGCUUGAUUCUGCACUUUUAGAUGAGCUUCUUGCCAAUAUUGCCACUUUAUCCUCUGUAUAUCACAAGCCCCCUGAAGCAUUCGUGACCCGUGUGAAGACUGUGUCCCAAAGAACUGACGAUGAAGAUUAUCCAGAAGGAAGUGAUGCAGGGCAUUCAGAAACUCCUGCCAAUGGUACUAGUGGUGGCGGUGCAUCACCUCCUACUUCAGAUGCAACUUAUUCGGUAUCAAAAAAAUCAGCCCCAGCCCCUGCCUCAUCUUCUCCAGCUCCAGCUUCAGUUCCAGAUUUACUUGGUGACCUGAUUGGACUUGAUAACAGUGCCAUUGUCCCUGUUGAUCAGCCUGUGGCUCCUGCUGGCCCUCCACUGCCUAUUCUGCUACCAGCAUCAGCUGGUCAAGGUUUACAAAUCAGUGCACAGCUCAUACGCCAUGAUGGUCAAAUAUUCUACAGUUUAACCUUUGAUAACAAUACGCAAAUGAUACUUGACGGUUUCAUGAUUCAGUUUAACAAAAAUACCUUUGGUUUGGCAGCUGCAGGACCCUUACAGGUUCCACAGUUGCAACCCGGGUCAAUUGCAAAUACUCUCCUGCCCAUGGUUGUGUUCCAAAAUAUGUCUCAAGGUCCCCCGAGCUCACUUUUGCAGGUAGCUGUCAAGAACAACCAGCAGCCUGUGUGGUACUUUAAUGAUAAAAUCUCGAUGCACAUUUUCUUCACUGAGGAUGGGAGGAUGGAGCGUGCAAGCUUUCUUGAGACUUGGAGGUCCCUUCCAGACUCGAAUGAAGUUACCAGAGAUUUCCCCGCCCUUCUUAUAAACAAUGUUGAGGCCAUUCCCGAACGACUAGCUGCAACGAAUAUGUUCUUCAUUGCUAAAAGGAAGCACGCAAACCAGAAUGUUUUCUACUUCUCUACGAAAAUCCCGAGAGGAAUCCCAUUCUUGAUUGAACUCAGCACAGUUGUUGGAAGCCCUGGAUUGAAAUGCGCCGUCAAAACUCCAAACAUUGACAUGGCACCACUAUUCUUCGAAGCCUUGGAGACGCUUCUCAAGGAAUGAUUCCAAGUUUGUGUUCUUCAUAUUCUUCUUUUCCUAUCCUUGGUUUUUCUUUUUUCUCAGUAUAUGUAAAUCCUUGCUGGGUAUUUAUGCCUGGUCUUUUCUGUAUCCUCUCAGGUAAUAGUUAUAUAUCAUUCUUUGUUAUUCGGGUA